UAGCAAGGCCCCAUUCAGAGAACAAAAGAAAAGACUCGCGCGGGGCUGGCGAAGCUGAUUGGCCGGGAGGGAAACUGAACGUUCCAACCCUUUGCACUCCCUCUACUCCCACGCCUUUCCUUUAUGCUUCAUUCUGUUGUUAUUGUAAAGGCUGGUGUUAACCCUCUAGUUGCCGGCUCUUUUUAAUUUCCCCCUCCCCAACCCCAAAUAGUUCAGCUUCCCUCCUCCAUUUCCGCUGCCUCUUAUCUCCCCGCCCCUUCUGUGCCCCCAAAUCAUCAGCCCCGCUUGCAAGCCGAUCGACUCAGCGACAGCAGGGGAAAAACCAAAAAACAGAAAUCUCUGUGUUUUUGUUGCCAACCCGGAAGCUGCUCUUUCGCCCUUCGCCCCUCACCCGUCACCCACCCACCUUUCCCUCUCUCCUAAUUUUAAGCAUGGAUUCCACCCAGAAAGAAGCCGCCAUCUUGUGCGUGGUGCAGUCGGGAGCGCUGAUGAUGGAGUACCUGAGAGCCAGCGGAGAAGCGUCGUCCGCAGCCGCCUCCCGGCGCCGCUGGGCGUUCCUGCACUCUCUGGGGCAGCGAGGGGGCGAGGAAGACGAGGAGGAAGAGUCGGAGGAGGAGGAGGAAGAAGAGGAAGAGGAGGAAGGAGGAGAGGAAGAGGUCUUGCUGCCCCGGCAAGCCGCCAGCGCCGGGUUGCGCCGUGGCGGGCGCCUCCGCUCAGUGGAAAGGCGUUUCUGGGCCCGACCACGAAGCACCGAGUGGUGGGACCACACGGUCCUGCAGACGUGGGACGACAGCCAGUGGCUGCAGAACUUCCGCAUGCGCAAGGCGACCUUCCUGGAGCUGUGCGCCCGCCUCUCGCCCGCCCUGCAGCGCCAGAAGACGCGCAUGCGGGUGCCGCUGAGCGUGGAGAAGAGGGUGGCCAUCGCCCUGUGGAAACUGGCCACUUCCGUCUGCUACCGCGACGUGGGGAACCAGUUUGGCGUGGGCCGGUCCACCGCCGGCUCGGUGGUGCUGGAAGUGUGCCGCGCCAUCCAGAGGGUUCUGAUGCGCACCACGGUGACGGUGGGCGGCAGCCUGGCGGCCAUCAUGGCCGGGUUUGAGGAGAUGGGCUUCCCCAACUGCGCCGGCGUGGUGGGCACCACACACAUGCCCAUCCUGUGCCCACCGCACCAGGCAGCGGAGUACGUCAACUCCAAGGGGUACUAUUCCAUGGCCUUGCAGGCGUUAGUGGACCACCAGGGCAAGUUCACCCACCUGAGUGCUGGCUGGCCAGGGAAGACGCAUGAAGCCAAGAUCUUCAACAAGUCCACCUUGUUCAGCAAAGGCCAGGAAGGGACCCUCUUUGCCCUGGGCCCCAUGGACAUCAAUGGGGUCUCUGUGCCCAGGGUCAUUCUGGGCGGACCUGCCUACCCUCUCCUCCCGUGGCUGAUGGUGCCCUACACAGAAGACCUGGACAGCGCCAAGGAGGCCUUCAACACCACCUUGAGCCGGUGCCAGGAGCCCUUGGAGGAGGCCUUCAGCCGGCUGAAGGGCCGUUGGCGGUGCCUGACGGGCCGCAACGACUGCGCGGUGGAGAACCUGCCCCGCCUCAUCUCGGCCUGCUGCGUCCUGCACAACAUCUGCGAGGAGAAGGGCGAGGCCUACGAGGAGACGUGGGAGGCCGAGGCCAAGCAGCUUGCCGCCACCUUUGAGCAGCCUCUCCAGAGACCGGACACCCGCAUCAAGCCGGCGGCCAGGUCCGAGAGGGUCCGAGACGCCCUCUGCGCCUACAUUGCUAGCACGGCGUGAAUGGGGAAUGGGAGAACGUUCUGGCAGCCAUUUUGAGGGGCGAAAGGAAUCUUCGCUCCUGAGGCCUACGAAGGCAUCCAUCCUAGGUCUGGGAUGAAGCCCUGUUGGACCCAACUUCUGAGAAGACAUGUAUAGGGUUGCUUAGAGAGCCUCCCGGCUGAUUUUAGCAUGAAAUGUGAGAAAGGUU